CACACCACAGAUAGUAUAUAGUUUCUUCUUCCAGAGCAAUGUGUUUGAAAGACGAUCCAUAUGUGGCACCCUGGCUCCUGCUUACCUGUGAGCUGGUUUGCGCUUCUGUCUGUCUGCUCUCUGUGUUCUGAAUAACUGAAACUCCUCUACUUUCACGACUUAGUUUAACCGCCUAGAAGCCCUUCACAUUGCUCUCCUGCCUCCUGAAUUAACGUCUUUGUGUGUGCUCGUCUGCCUGUGUCGGUGUCAUUGUCAGUGCAGUACUGGGCUUCCGUCCCUUCGUAGCCAGAGCUCAUCGGCAGUGACAGAGCCGUUUGCUCUGCUGCUGCUGUUCUGAUCUUCCGUCUUUUUAGCUGUUUUAUGGUAUUUCUACAGUCAUGGUUUAUAAUUACUUUUCUAAGAACACUAUAGCAAAAAUACAAACUAGGGGACUCAAAAGAGCCGGGGUUUGUUGUCUCAUAGUUCCAUAAACUCUAAGCUUAAUGCCAGUGUUAAAUGAUUGUCAGCAACAUGAUCCUCUGAAGGCUUCAGGGAGACCCCUUGUUUCUUCCACAUCUAGUGGUGACCGGUAAUCCACAGUACUCUUGCCUUCCAGACUCAACAUUCCAGUUCCUGCCCUUUGCCUUCAUGCAGCUGGCCUGCUUUGCUUUGGCUGGUCCCUCUCCCUCUCCCUCUGCCGCUCUCAGCUCUCGCUCUCCUUCCCGCUCUCUCUUCUUAAGCCCAGCAGCCAUGGAGUAGAACCCAUUCUGCUCCAGUGUGGACCAUCUUGAUCUAACUGGACCUGUUUGCAACUUUUGUGAGCAUUUGGAGAAUGUGAGAGCUGGGAUGCAGGGAUGUCGACUAUCUGCCCACCACCAUCUCCCGCUGUUGCCAAGACAGAGAUUGCUUUGCGUGGUGAAUCCCCAUUGCUGGCAGCUACCUUUGCUUACUGGGAUAACAUUCUUGGUCCUAGAGUAAGACACAUUUGGGCUCCAAAGACAGAACAGGUACUUCUCAGUGAUGGAGAAAUAACUUUUCUCGCCAACCACACUCUAAAUGGAGAAAUUCUUCGAAAUGCAGAGAGCGGGGCUAUCGACGUAAAGUUUUUUGUCUUAUCUGAGAAAGGAGUGAUUAUUGUUUCAUUAAUCUUUGACGGCAACUGGAACGGAGACCGGAGCACUUACGGACUGUCGAUUAUCCUUCCGCAGACAGAGCUUAGUUUCUACCUCCCACUCCACAGAGUGUGUGUUGACAGGUUAACACACAUCAUUCGGAAAGGAAGGAUAUGGAUGCACAAGGAAAGACAAGAAAAUGUCCAGAAAAUUGUGUUGGAAGGCACAGAAAGAAUGGAAGACCAGGGUCAGAGUGUCAUUCCCAUGCUCACUGGGGAGGUCGUCCCUGUGAUGGAGCUGCUCGCGUCUAUGAAGUCACACAGUGUUCCCGAGGAAAUAGAUAUAGCCGAUACAGUGCUCAAUGACGACGACAUUGGUGACAGCUGUCAUGAAGGCUUUCUGCUCAAUGCCAUCAGCUCCCAUCUGCAGACCUGUGGCUGCUCUGUCGUCGUAGGCAGCAGUGCAGAGAAAGUAAAUAAGAUAGUGAGAACGUUGUGCCUUUUUCUGACUCCAGCGGAGAGAAAAUGUUCCAGACUAUGUGAAGCAGACUCUUCCUUUAAGUACGAAUCGGGACUCUUUGUCCAAGGCCUGCUAAAGGAUGCAACGGGAAGCUUUGUACUACCCUUCCGGCAAGUUAUGUAUGCCCCGUAUCCAACCACACAUAUUGAUGUGGAUGUCAAUACUGUCAAGCAGAUGCCACCGUGUCACGAACAUAUUUAUAAUCAGCGCAGAUACAUGAGAUCAGAGCUGACAGCCUUCUGGAGGGCAACUUCAGAAGAGGACAUGGCUCAGGACACCAUCAUCUACACGGAUGAGAGCUUCACCCCGGAUUUGAAUAUUUUCCAAGAUGUCUUACACAGAGAUACUCUAGUGAAAGCCUUCCUGGAUCAGGUCUUCCACCUGAAGCCUGGCCUGUCUCUCAGGAGCACCUUCCUUGCGCAGUUCCUGCUUGUUCUCCACAGGAAAGCCUUGACCCUAAUCAAGUACAUCGAGGACGACACGCAGAAGGGGAAAAAGCCCUUUAAGUCUCUUCGGAAUCUGAAGAUCGAUCUUGAUUUAACAGCAGAGGGCGAUCUUAACAUAAUAAUGGCUCUAGCAGAGAAAAUGAAGCCAGGCCUGCACUCGUUCAUCUUUGGGAGACCUUUCUACACUAGUGUACAAGAACGUGAUGUUCUAAUGACUUUUUAAGCUUGUGGUUUGCCGUGUCUGUCUCAUCACAGCCAGGCUUGCCAUUGCGGUAGCUCAGAUGUGUGAACACCCCUUCCUCCAGGGUCCCGCUCUGGGGAUGGUUACACUACACUUGUCACCAGAGGUCUGCACAGGGGCGUUAGGUGCAGCGUUACAGUGAAUGUCUCUUUUCCUAGAAUAGAUGUACUCUCUUAGGGACUUAUGUUUACGGUUAUCCUAAAUACUAUUGCUGUCUGUUAAAGAUAUGAAUGAUAGGGUAUAAACUUGAUAUAACUGCUGUUGUUUUUGAAACUUGUGACUCGUGGUUUACGUGUAUCACAGUGAAACCCUCGUUAACUUUUACAGACACAGUGCAAGUUGACUUUCUGUCCCUCAGUGUCCCCUCAUGUGUAGGAUUACAUGCUUCUGCAACAACUGAAAAUUAGAGCCUUGGAAGUUUUCAGUUCCACAGAGAGGAGCUUAGCUUGACUACAGGUUAGUUUUGGAAGAAGGCGUUGAUAAAGCAGAGCUUUGAGUGAAAUCCAGUAUUAGACCUUCUUUCAUAGACUUAGUCCUUCAGAUGUAGUCUGUAGAGAAAUGUCACACAGUCAUGUGUGCUCACCGACUAUCGUGAACCGUGGUGUGCUUUUUGUUGGUUUAUUGUUGUAAUUCUGUCAAAGGAAGUGACAUUUUGGUUUUGUAACUGUUGCCAACAGUUUAAAGUUAAUUUUCAUUAUUUUUGAGCCAAAUUAAAAUGUGCACCUCCUGUGCCUUUCCCAGUCUUAGAAAUAUAAUUUCUUGGCAGAGGGUCAGAUUUCACUGCUCAGUUGUCUCCAUCUGACCACCCUGUGCACAGUCUACCAUGUGCCUGGCUUAGGAGUCCCUGUAAAAUCCGUCAGAGAAUGCGUUUGCUGUAAGAUCUUCCCUCGAGAUCAGGAAAGCUUCUCUCCUUGUUCCUUCCGUUUUCCGUCUGUAUUCUGUGGUUUUUGCCAUGUUGCCUGCACCACAAGAGCAGAGGAGAAAUUUGACCCCAGUGCUAUUUUUCUAGGUGCUAUUAUGGCAAACUCAGUGGUCUCUUUUUGUUCCUGUAAUGUUUGACCAUCUUGCUGGCUGUGAAAUGCUGAUUAGCAGAGCACUGUGCUCAAGCAGUGUUAGCAUAGACGUUAGAAUAAACACAAAUACAUAUCUUAUUGAAAACUGUGGACUUAACGUAAAAGGGAGAAUAUAUUUAUUUUUUACAAAAGGGAUGGCAAUAGAGUCCUUUCCCCACCCACCAAAUUCAUCAAGAAAAAAAAAGUUCUACUCUGAAAGGUCAGAGUGGUUUUGACAUUACAAGUCAGAAAAGUGUAGACAUCUCAAUUUUUAAACGCACACUGACCAGGCUGGCUUAUGAACUCCAAGCCACUCAGUUGUGGUGAAGUGUAUAGAUCCCACCAUUUAGUGUCCCGCACUCACUGCUGCACACAGGAGUCUUAUUUAAGUGCUCAUGGUUUUCUUUCACGGGUUUACUGUGUUGUUACAGAGAAUGUAAGUUGUACAGUGAAAUAAGUUAUUGAAGCAUGUGUAAACACUGUUAUAUAUCCUCUCUCCUAGAUGGGGAAUUUUGAAUAAAAUACUUUGGAAAUUC